CAUCGUUUGCAGGGACGUUGUCCUACAUGCCGCCUGAAGCUCUAAAUAACAUCAACUAUCAGCCUUCGAGAUCGUGUGAUGUUUACAGUUUCGGAAUCUUAGCGUGGACAGUUUUUUCAGGGGAAGAGCCUUACCCAGGUAUUCUUCCAGCAGUAAUCCUGCGCUGUGUAACUGAUGGCCAGAGCCCGCGGUGAGUGUCCUAGACAAGUGCAGUGAUGUUAGAAUGGUGCCAGAAGCCAAAGGGUUAAUGGUCAGAUGCUGGGAUCACAAUGCAGAUAACAGACCCAGCUUCCAUGACUGCAGUGAAUGUACAUCAGUGAUGUAUGAAACUUAUCAGAUGGAGGCUGUCAGUGCAGUUCGAAGUGUUGAAGAUCGUCUCAUCAAUAUGGGUUCUUCUGAUCAGCAAGCGGAUUCAUCUGACUAUGUGAGUGGAGGUACAGAGGAAUUCCUGAAAGCCUUAGAAAAUGGAGGCGUGAGUCAAGAUUCUCAACAUUCAGAUUCAAAAACAUCUGGAGAAGAUACAAAGGCUUUUUGGAAUGUUGAAGACACCAAUAAAAACAAAGAAAAUAUUUGCUCCAGCACAGGAGGCACUAUGGAUAAGCUUGUGGAAGUUCUUAAGGAAUCUGGUGACUACAAAAAGAUCAUGGACAAAUUGAACGAUGAAGGAGUCCUUUCAGAAGAAGAUCAGCGAAACUUAAAUUCCUCUCAGAAUCUGAAAGAUUUUGGCAAUGCAGCAAAAGUAUUUGGGGAAAAACUGAAAGACAAGCCUGUAAAGAUUUUGCCAAUUUUGAAAUCGCUCUUUGAUUUAUGA